GUUUAAUGUAUAUGGGGGGACCUGCGAUGAAACUGGCAUCGUUUUCUAAAACAGCGCCACAAAGUUAUCGUUACUUACAUUUUCCAAGAAAAUCGGUCAAUUGUCACAGAAGAACAUGGUUGCUAAUAUCUGACUUAAAGUUGCUUGGGAAACAUUUACAUGAAACUUCAUGUCCAUCGCUCAAAACCAAUCUCUAGACGCAAUGCUUGGCUCAUCUUUCUGAGGACAAGACAAGUGACAUGCACUAACAUGAAUCCAGACCAAGAGGAAGAAGAUCAUCCAGUUUUCAGAAAUGAUCCACUUGAGUUAAAGCAGACACUGUAUACAUGUGUGGCUCUGUCAUGUUCAGACGGCUCCACCCACAAUGGCCGAGUGAUUGCAGUUGACCCUGUGUCAGAGAGUCGCAUUUUAGUGAGCGACGUGCACUCCGCGGCUCCAGUGGUAGAGGUGGUGUUCGGCUACAGCGUGAGCUCCUCUCGCACCACCGACACCGAGUGCGGCGACCCCACGCGCCAGGCCGUUGACUCACUGCUCCGGCGCCAGAGGACGGAGCCCGCCCUCUCGCCGGCCGAGCUGCUGGCCCGACGCGACCACGUGGUCUCCUGGCUGCGGCGCCACCGGCUGCCGGUGGAGGUGGGCGAGGGUCACGUGACCGUGGCCGGGGUCGCCACCGUGCGCGCGCCCUACACUGCCGAACAGUGCGUGUGCGCCAACGAGCUGGUGCUGCAGCGGCUGGACGCGCUGCUGAAGAGCAUGCCGCCGCUGGAGGGCACGGCGGCCGGCGGGGAUGGCUGAGACCAGGAUGUGCCGGUCGUUGGGGACGUCAGGCUCUUGUGAUAGUGGGCAGAUGCUGCGCUCUGAUGGUUCCGCUGUGGUUAUUGUCAGUGUGUGCGGCGAUGUUGUGCCAUUUGAAGGAAGUGCGCGGUGAUGACUCCCGGAUCGCAGAACAUUGACCGUUAGCGGAGCCUAAGAAUAUGACACCGUGGCAUGCGGCUUUGUUCGUCCGCUAUUAUUUUAAUCGUCUUGUACGGAGUGCCGGGUGCAGCUGCUGCAUAUUGUAAGUAUUUAUUUUGAAAACCGAAGGAUCAUUGCUUGAAGCAGACACAUGGAACAUAACUGAAGCAGCACCACCUCACGGAUUUUGUCACUUGUGCUACAUAAAUACUUUUCGAA